AUGCUGCCAUCCUUGAAGCACUUCAUGAAUUUCAUCGAUGUCUUGCCCGAGUUUGAAAAUCAUGGGUUUAACAUAAAGAAAGGAGGAACAUUCAAGUUCAACAGCAAGCCAUCAGGAUACGAGACAUUGUUUCGUUAUGCCGAAAAGUGCGGUUGUCAAACAUUUGACGGCGUGAAGGUCACUUCCUUAGGGUUUCGAGCGACUGAAUCAUCAGCAGCCAGCAACGCUGACUUCCCCGAGUCUGCAUCUUGGACACGAAGAGACAAAAGUGCCGGGAGAAUCCGCUUCAAAUAUCUGGUGGACGCAAGCGGGCGAGCCGGCUUAAUGAGCACGAAGUAUUUGAAAAACCGACGGUACAACGAAGGGCUGAAAAACUUGGCCACUUGGGGAUAUUUCGAGAAGGCCGCAACGUAUGGAGUCGGUACCGUUAUUGAAGGGUCUCCCUACUUCAGUUGUCUUGAAGACGCAUCCGGCUGGAUCUGGGCGAUUCCCCUUCACAACGGAACAACCUCCGUAGGUGUUGUUCGACACCAAAACAGCGUCAAGGCGAAAAAGCAAGCAAUGGGAGCGCUAUCAACCAAAGACUAUUUUCUGGGCUGCUUGCACGAAGCACCUGGAAUUAUGGACCUUAUACAAGAUGCGGAGCUCGUCUCCGAGAUCAAAUCCGCGUCAGAUUGGUCGUACAAUGCGUCAUCUUAUGCGGCUACCAAUGUGCGCAUAGUCGGGGACGCUGGGUGCUUCAUUGACCCACUCUUCUCAUCUGGCGUUCACCUUGCCCUUCUUGGGGCUCUGUCUGUGGCGGCUACAAUUUGCGCGUCUAUGAAAGGCCAGUGCAGCGAGCGAGCUGCCGGUGAGUGGCACUCCAAGAAAAUUCGCGAGGCCUACACACGCUUCUUGCUUGUUGUGAGCAGUGCAUAUGGCCAAAUGGCCCACAAGGACCGUCCUGUACUUAAUGAGCUCAAUGAGGGCAGCUUUGAUCGAGCUUUUGAUAUAUUCCGGCCGAUUAUCCAAGGAACAGUUGACGCGAAUGGAAAGAUUGCCGAAAAAGAGGUUAAAGAGUCCAUCGAGUUCUGUGUUCGUGUCCUUCGUAAGAUUGAUCAUGAGCAAUCCGACGUCGACAUAGGGAGUAUAAGGGCUGGCCUUAUAUUCCAACAAAACGAAGUCGAGAAUAUGAAGCAUAUCAUCAUGAACUCAAAUGAGACAUUCACACUCGACAGCUUCGGAGCUGAUGUCAUUGAUGGAAUGACUGCUAAUAUAAUAAGAGGGUCUCUGGGCCUGGAAAUUGUUGGCGAACCUUGUUCACAUCGAGCGCCAUUAACAUGUACGUCGCCUUGA